UGAUUUGCGAUCAACUGAGUCUGAGAUUGCUAAGCUGAAAUGCCGGCACAAAUUAUUUCGUCUAUUUUAAAAGCAAUCUAGAGCUUUUCCGAUUGUAUAUCGAGGAAAGGUCUGUCUGCAAAGGUUGGCAAAGCUUUGUCUCAAGUGGUUGCCGUUUUACAUUAGUCACAAAGACCUGUAUACUGAUGAUGUUAUAACCUAGCCUUUACGAGAUAAAUAGUCAAGACCUUAGUGGGACCAUUGAGACUAUACCCGUAACCGACAAAUAUAAGGGCGUAUCAAGUAACCAAUCACGGGACAAGUUGAUGGAAUUGUGCCAGCAGCCUUUUAGGAAUGUUAUCAGCGGAUUCUCCCCUUAAAAGGUGGCCAUUUUCUUUAUUUUUUUUACCUUUUUAUUUACGGUGAAACGAUCUGGUAAAUUUGUAGAAAUUAGACAUGUUUAUGUGCGGUUUUAGCCCAAUUAAGGUAUUGUGUAGAGCAGGCUGCACCUUUAAUAUUGUUUCAAAGAAAUGUAAUAUUCUGCCAAAAUUUGUACGAGGUAACAAAACAAUUACAGCAUCCAGUCCAUCCACCAAGCCAUAUAUAUUUCCAUGCCUAUCCAAUCUUGUGUUGAACUAUGAAAACAUCAAAGAAAUACAAUUCCCUAAAUAUUUAAACGAGUACACUAGAUUGAAUCUUUCUCUACUGAACCUGGAGAACAUUACCACAAACAAUAUGAAAUUCCUGCGAAAAACUAAUGACAAAGGUUUCAAGAUUGACUGCUUACAAAAGGAAGUACCAGGCAUUGCAGAAAAUACCUACUGGAUGGGAAGCCUCUUGAAAAAGCGUCGCAGGAAAAUGAACUGUCAAAAGUACAAGAAGAGAAGGAAGAGAGACAGAUUUAAGAGGGAAGCCUUGAAAUAUCUUCGGGAGAGAAAACGACAACGAAAGGAAAGAGCAGCAGAGCGGAAACAAACAAUCCUUUCAAAUAUGGUUGUAAAUAAAUCUAUUUCCAAGAGACGUGCCAGAUAUCUCUCACAUAAACUGCUUCCUGGUGUUAUCAAAGGUCAAGGCCUUGGAUAACCAUAAGUGCAUAUGAAAUUAAUCAUUUUAUUUCAGUCUAUAAAACUCUAAAGUUAUAAAUGUUCGAAAUCUGUGUCAAUAAUGGACUUAAAUACAUCUCAUCUUAAGCUCUCUUUUA